AUGAUGGCCCUGACCGUGCUCCUUGGCCUCCUGGUCUCUAGUGCUCUCGGCCAGUCGUGCUGGAGGGACACCACCUGCAGCACCAUCUCCGAAGCUGCGUUUCCGGGCGAAUGGGAUGUCAACAACUACGCGCCAGAGUCAAGGACCGUCUCUCCCAGUUCUGUCCUGUCGGCCGCCGAUGGGGUCAUCAUAUCGUCCUGGAAUGGGUCGGCACACCUGGCCACCAACGGGUCCAAACUUAUCUUUGACUUCGGCAAGGAGGUCGGCGGCAUCGUCACGCUCAAGUACACUUCUUCAGGGGCAAGCAGUGGUGCGGUGGGGCUGGCCUUUUCGGAGGCCAAGAACUGGAUAGGAGAGUGGUCAGACGCUUCCAAUGGCAAGUUCGUUGGUCCGGAUGGAGCAAUUUACUCCAACUUCACCGGCACGGAGACCAUCACUUAUACGAUGCCCGACGAGAAGAUCCGAGGAGGCUUUCGGUACCUGACUCUGUUCCUGAUAUCCGAGUCCGCAUCGGUAGAUGUAUCCUCCAUAGAGCUCGAGAUCGGGUUCCAGCCGACAUGGUCAAACCUCAGGGCAUACCAGGGCUACUUCCACAGCUCCGAUGACCUCUUGAAUAAGAUCUGGUAUAGCGGAGCGUACACGCUUCAGACCAACGCCGUGCCCGUCAACACUGGGCGCUGGGUCCCAUUCGUCAACACAAGCUGGGUCAACAACGGGACCCUGGGCCCAGGAGACACAAUCAUCGUCGAUGGGGCAAAGCGCGAUCGCGCGGUCUGGCCUGGCGACAUGGGAAUCGCCGUGCCGUCGACCUUCGUGAGUGUAGGCGACCUCGACAGCGUGCGCAACGCGCUGCAGGUCAUGUACGACUAUCAGAACAAGGACGGCUCGUUCCCCGAGGCAGGCCCGCCUCUGCUCCAGCAGGGCAGUGAUACAUAUCACAUGUGGACUAUGAUCGGGACGUACAAUUACGUGCUGUACACCAACGACACGGACUUCCUCGCGCGCAACUGGGACGGCUACCUCGCCGCGAUGAACUACAUUUACGCCAAGGUGCAGCCCUCACCGUCGGGCCUGCUCAACGUCACUGGCACCCGUGACUGGGCGCGCUGGCAGACGGGCUUCAACAUGUCGUCGGCGCAGAUGAUCCUGUAUCGGACGCUCACCACGGGUGCAGACCUGGCAGCCUGGCAAGGGGAAGGCAGCAGCGACAUUGGCAGCACAACAACCGACCUCACGGCUCUUUGGACCCAGCGCGCGGCGGCAUUGCAGAACGCCACCCUGGCGCACUGCUUCGACGAAGGCUACGGGGCCUUUAGGGACAAUGCGACGGCGACGGCAUUGCACCCACAAGACGCGAACGCCAUGGCGGUGCUAUUUGGGGUCGUCGGCGCCAACACUUCCACGGCACGGUCCAUCUCGUCGCGCCUGACGGACAACUGGACGCCCAUCGGUGCCGAGGCCCCGGAGCUCCCCGGAAACAUCAGCCCGUUCAUCUCGUCGUUCGAGAUACAGGCGCACCUGGCGGCCGGUGAGACCCAGCGUGCCUUGGAUCUCAUCCGGACGAGCUGGGGAUGGUACCUCGAUAAUACCAACGGUACGCAGAGCACCGUCGUCGAGGGUUACCUUGUCAAUGGCACGUUUGGCUACCGGUGGAGCCGAGGGUACGGAAACGAUUUCAGCUAUGUCUCGCAUGCGCACGGGUGGUCGUCUGGCCCUACCAGUGCGUUGACCGAGUUUGUCCUGGGACUGACCGUUACCGCGCGCGUGGGGAGUGCGUGGUCUUUUGCGCCGCAGUUUGGUGGGCUGAGCUUUGCCGAGGGCGGUUUUAUGACGGCCCUGGGCAAAUUCAAAGCUCGCUGGGACGUUGCGGAGGAGGGCGCGUAUAAUGCCAGUGUGAGCACGCCUGUUGGAACAGCGGGGAGCUUGAUUUUGCCGGUCGUACAGCAGGGGAGUAAGCCUUCCGUGAUGGUGGACGGCAGAGCAGUCGAGCCUAUUUGGUAUAGGAAAACGGGCGUGGUGUUCGACACUGUUCUAGUUGAGGGCGUUGAGGGAGGGGAUCACGUUAUUGUGGUGAGCUGA